AAAGAGAAGACCCAUAUCAAUAUCAUUGUCAUCGGCCACGUGGACUCUGGCAAGUCCACCACUGCCAGGCAUCUCAUCUACGAGUGUGGGGGGAUCGACAAGAGGACCAUCGAGAAGUCUGAGAAGGAGGCAGCCGAGAUGGGCAGGGGCUCCUUCAAGUAUGCCCGGGUGUUGGACAGACUGAAGGCAGAGAGAGAGCGUGGCAUCGCCAUCCACAUCUCCCUGUGGAAGUUUGAAACCAGCAAGUACUACAUCACCAUCAUCGAAGCCCCAGGCCACAGGGACUUCAACAAGAACAUGAUCACGGGCACCUCCCAGGCCGACUAUGCAGUGCUUAUCGUGGCCGGUGGCGUGGGCGAGUUCGAGGCGGGCAUCUCCGACAACGGGCAGACCCGCGAGCACACGCUUCUGGCCUUCACCUUGGGCGUGAAGCAGCUGAUCGUGGCCAUCGACAAGAUGGACUCGACCGAGCCCGCCUGCAGCGCCGCGCGCUUCCAGGAGAUCACGGAGGAAGUGAGCGCCUACAUCAAGAAGAUAGCCUCCGUGGCCUUCGUGCCCAUCUCGGGCUGGCACAGCGACAACAUGCUGGAGCCCAGCAGCGACCUGAGUGCGGGCUGGAUGCCCUGGUUCAAGGGCUGGAAGGUUGAGCGAAAGGAGGGAAACGCCACCCAGGUGACACUGCUGGAAGCUCUGGACUCCAUCCUCCCACCCUCUCGCCCUGUCAACAAGCCCCUGAGGCUGCCUCUGCAAGACGUGUACAAGAUUGGAGGCAUCGACACUGUGCCCUUGGGCCAUGUGGAGACCGGCCUCCUGAAACCUGGCAUGGUGAUCACCGUUGCUCCCAGCAACGUCACCACUGAGGUCAAGUCUAUGGAGAUGCACCACGAGGCCCUGCCUGAGGCCCUGCCUGGUGACAAUGUGGGCUUCAACGUGAAGAACGUGUCUGUGAAGGACAUCCGUUGUGGCAUUGUGGCCGGAGACAGCAAGAACGACCCACCCACCCCUCCCAUGAGGGCCAGCAGCUUUGUGGCACAGGGGAUCAUCUUGAAUCACUCGGGACAGAUCCAUGCCAGCUAUUCCCCGGUGCUGGACUGCCACACAGCCCACGUCUCCUGCAAGUUUGCCAAACUGAGGGAAAAGAUUGACCGGCACUUAGGCAAGAAGCUGGAGGACAACCCCAGCCCUGAUGCAGCCAUAGUGCAGAUGGUCCCCAGCGAGGCCAUGUGUGUGGGGACCUCCUCUGAGUACCCACCUCUAGGCUGUUUUGCUCUGCAGGACAUGAGGCAAACAGUGGCCACUGGAGUCAUCAAGGCCGUGGAGGAGAAGACAGCCUCUGCAGCCAAUUCAGCAGUGAAGGCCAGCAAGAAAUGA